ACUUCAGUGGUUUUGUGUUCAUACAAUGGAAGUCAACGGAGUUCAGUGUUGUUUGAUGAUCAACGUUCCUUAAAAGAUCUUCUUUAGUGUCCUGCCACAGAAAGAAAUUCGUACAGGUUUGUCAUUUUCGGGUGAGCUAUCCCUUUAAAGCAGACAGGUUGCGAGGCUGUUUGAACUCAGUUCUGUUUGAUCAGUGAAGACCCAAAGUCCAGUCGAAGAACGUUUUCACAAACAAGAGACUACAGAGGGAGAGAGAAGGAUGUGGUUUGUUUGGAUCGUAGCUGUCGUCUCUCUCCUGAGCACCCCCGCUCUCGCCGGGGUAAAAGAUCUCGGAUCACACUUCAGUGGACAACAGGUGGAUGCCCGCGGACACGCUCCCGCUGUAGAAAACACAGACAUCGAGUCCAUUCCCCUGGACUUCCACCGUGAGAACACGGUCACCAACGAUCUUCCUCUUGAAGGACUGGAUGAAGAAGAUUACAUCGACUUUGAUAAGAUCCUGGAGGAAGGUGAAGACGACUACAGCGAUGGUGAUGCCAUCGACGAAAUCUCCACCCCGGCCCCUGACCUCGACCUCUUCUCAGAACCCACCGACCCCAAAAUACGGCGGGCACGCCUCUUACGCCUUUUCCACGGGCGAACACGCCUGCAGCGCAUCAACGUGGUCAACGGCCGCUUUGGCUUUAGGCUUUAUAGAAAAAUUCGCAAUAGACUCAAUCAAACUGACAACAUCUUAUUGGCCCCUGUUGGAAUCUCCAUCGCGAUGGGUAUGAUGGCUCUAGGGGUCGGGCCAAAUGCUCACGAGCAACUCUACCAAACUCUGGGGUUUUCGGAGUUCGUCAACGCCAGCGCUCAGUACGACAACACGACCGUGCAUAAGCUUUUCCGCAAGCUCACGCACCGGCUCUUCCGCCGAAACUUCGGCUACACGUUACGUUCAGUCAACGAUCUGUACGUGAGACAAAACGUGCACAUUCAGGAUGGGUUCCGUAGCGGUGCCAAGAAGUAUUACUUCGCUGAGCCCCAGUCUGUGGACUUUUCUGACCCUGCUUUCUUGGUGAAGGCUAACCAACGCAUUCAGAAGAUCACCAAAGGUCUGAUAAAAGAGCCGCUGAAGAGUGUCGACCCCAACAUGGUCGUGAUGCUUCUGAACUACCUCUACUUCAAAGGCACGUGGGAGCAGAAGUUUCCCAAGGAGCUGACGCACUACCGGAACUUCCGCGUGAAUGAGAAACAGCAGGUGCGUGUUCCCAUGAUGCAGAACAAGGGCAGUUAUCUGGCGGCGGCCGACCAUGAGCUGAACUGCGACGUGCUGCAGCUGCCGUAUGCUGGAAACAUCAGCAUGCUCAUCGCCGUCCCUCAGAAACUCUCUGGGAUGAGAUCUCUGGAGCAGGAGAUAUCGCCAACCCUCAUCAACAAGUGGCUCAACAACAUGACCAACAGGACUCGUGAGGUGGUGUUCCCUCGGUUUAAACUGGAGCAGAGCUACGAUCUGAUCGAACACUUAAAAGAAAUGGGCCUGACAGAUCUGUUCACGGAGCAAGGAGACUUCACCCCCAUGACCUCCGAGAAAGUCAUCAUUAACUGGUUUAAGCAUCAGGGCAUCAUCACAGUUAAUGAAGAGGGAACCGAGGCAGCAGCAAUGACACACGUGGGUUUCAUGCCCCUAUCAACACAGACACGUUUUGUCGUGGACAGGCCCUUUCUCUUCCUCAUCUAUGAACAUCGUACAGGUUGUGUGGUCUUCAUGGGACGGGUGGUCGACCCGUCACGAAGCUAAACACAUUCUCACACACAAACAUGCACACGCACACGUGCACACACAGCCUGUCCUCAAGACAGUUUCAUCAUUUAUGUUUUAAAAAACUGAGAAUUGUUUCUGUGUCAUGUUUUGACCAAUGAGACUUUUGUAAUGUAAGCAGUGAUAAUAAAAUGAGCCGAAGGUUUGUUAAACUGAA